AUGUCUACCGAUAUGAUAUGCAUGGACGGAGUGUACUGCGCCCUGUGCGAUGAGUACUUCUUCGAUAAACGGCAACGAGCCGAGCACAUUAUGAACUCCAACGAUGGAGAUCACUGUGUCACUGCACCGAAUCAUCACUACUGUGUGCCGUGUGACAAGCACUGUCGUACAGCAGCAGGGUUUCGCGUUCGCAUGGAGCAGGUUCAUGGCUUCGACGACGACAACAGUGACGACGAUUCAGAGGACUAUUAUGACCUCGAAGACAGUUGGGAGGAUGAAAGGGGCAAGGAGGAAUAUCCCGACGAAGUGUCCGAAUCAGGAGACGAGCCCCUUGAUACAUCAUGGGAAGACAGCAAUGAGUACGACUUUAAAGACCCGGAGUAUCUAAGGUUGCCGCCAUUACUUAAUAAUGCGGCAACCGACGACGCAGAGGAAAGCGAUGAAGAAGAGCCGGUACAAAAGGGUAUUGGCCGCAUCGCCGAGCAGGACCAACAGUCCCUGUAA